UCUCAUUACAAACACGAGUUAUGGAGUUUUUCCCGGUUCUUCUAAUUGUAAUAUUGGCAUCACUUGCCACAGGAACUGAUAUCGAUGUAAUUGGACGUAUAGUCGGUGGAUAUGUUGUGGAUAUAGGAUCUUAUCCUUAUAUGGUAUCAGUUCGUUCAAACGAUCGUCAUAUUUGUGGAGGAUCAAUCAUAGCUCCAGAUACAAUUCUAACAGCUGCGCAUUGCACUAAUGGACGCCCGGUAUCGCAAUUUACCAUUCGUUGUGGUUCGGAUUCAGCUGACUUGGGUAGAGUUCAUCAGGUCUAUCAAAUCCAACAACACUACUAUUACGAUCCCCAGACCACAAACUAUGAUGUUGCCAAAUUGAAGAUCAUUCCUCCGAUCGCAUAUUCUCGAAAUAGUCAACCAAUUCGACUUUCCACGCAACGUCCAGCUGAAAAUGCCCUCCUAGUUGUUAGUGGAUGGGGACGACUAUGGCAAGGCAUGAAGCCAACAUCGGAAGCAAGGCAACAUUUAAGAGCAGUUUAUGUGCGAGCCAUGAACCAGAAUGAAUGUUUUCAAAAAUACAAAAGUAAAGAGGUGACUAGCACAAUGCUGUGUGCUGCUUCUCCAGGUAAGGACAGUUGCCAGGGAGACUCAGGCGGACCAUUAGUUGAUGCAAGAACUGGCGAGCAAUAUGGAAUUGCCUCGUGGGGAAGUGGGUGUGCCAAUCCGAAUUACCCUGGAGUCUAUUCUUCUGUGCCGGAUUUGUUGGAUUUCAUUAAAUCAUAAAAUUGUUCAUAAAUUAUAUUUUUAUUUAUAUUACACACAUACAAAUAUAAAAAUAAGAAAGCAUGACAUUUAAA